UUUCGCUUCGCGCAGUCGACGACCCGGAGACGGAUCGCCGUCAAUAGCAUGGACGCCGCAGGAGAGGACGAGCCAGAGCGCAUCACGCUGCGCUCCAUAAAGAACAGCACGUUCACGGUGCCUCCGAAGGACCGGUUUGGCAGCUGCAGAAGUGUCCGGGAGUUUGAGAAGCUCAAUCGCAUCGGAGAAGGAACCUAUGGCAUCGUCUACCGAGCCCGAGACACCAAGUCUGACGAGAUAGUAGCACUGAAGAAGGUCCGGAUGGACAACGAGAAGGACGGAAUCCCCAUCAGCAGCCUGCGGGAGAUCACCCUGCUGCUGAGGCUCAGACAUCCCAACAUAGUGGAGCUCAAAGAAGUGGUUGUAGGCAGCCAACUGGAGAGUCUCUUCUUGGUGAUGUGCUACUGUGAACAGGAUCUCGCCAGUCUGUUGGAAAAUAUGCAGACCCCCUUCUCUGAGGCUCAGGUAAAGUGCAUCGUUCUUCAGCUGCUCAGAGGUAUGGAGUAUCUCCAUCAUAACUUCAUCAUACACAGGGACCUGAAGGUGUCUAAUCUGCUGAUGACGGACAAAGGCUGCGUUAAGAUUGCUGAUUUCGGCCUGGCCAGGAUGUAUGGCAUCCCCCAGCAGCCCAUGACCCCCAGAGUGGUCACGCUGUGGUACAGAGCUCCGGAGCUCCUCCUAGGGAGCAGGAGCCAGACUACAGCAUUGGACAUGUGGGCCGUGGGCUGCAUCCUGGCCGAGCUGCUGGCCCACAAGCCUCUGCUGCCUGGGACCUCUGAGAUCCAGCAGGUCGACCUGAUCGUGCAGCUCCUGGGAACUCCCAACGAGAACAUCUGGCCGGGAUUCUCCCAGCUUCCCCUCAUCAGUCAGUACAGUUUGAGGAAGCAGCCGUACAACAACCUAAAGAAUAAAUUCACCUGGCUGUCUGAUGCUGGCCACAGGCUGCUCAACCUGCUCUUCAUGUACAACCCACAUCGCAGAGCAACAGCCAAAGAUUGUUUGGAGAGUUCCUACUUCAAAGAGAAACCCUUACCCUGUGAACCAGAGCUGAUGCCGACGUUUCCUCACCAUCGCAACAAACGGGCCGCCGGUCCUCCUCUGGCAGAGAAACGCUCCAAGCGGAGCAAAGUGUGACGGCUGCCAACUGGAUCGCUUUUGGUUUCCACGGCAACGGCUGGGGAUGCGGAUUGGCUCUGAAGGACGUUGGUGUUAGGAGCAAAAAGGUCCAGUCAUUGCUACAGAUCAGCACAGGAUUAUAAUAAUCACACUGCAAUGAUGGGACGUUUUAAAGGCUUUUACUCUACUGAUCAAUGCUCUACACGCCGUCUGCUCGUCAACGCUCCCACUGUUUAACUGCAAGGUAACGUUAUAGUUGAGCUGUUUAGUUGUAGUAGCCAAACAAGCCGUUCCUGAUCUUUCAGCUCAGCGUGCAGUGACGCAGGAUCUGUUCGAUACCUCUGGGAGGUGAAGCAGAAGAUUCGCCUUUGAGAAAUGAAAGAAAACGUAUGUCAAGAUGUUGAGAGGACAGUAAAGAGCCUGGUUUGAUCCACCAUCGCUUGGUCGAAACAUUCCAAGGCUACACUAUAACCACUGUAACCUUCUGCUAGCAGCGCUAGCUGUCACGUUGUUGUAAAGGUACAUCCAGUAUCUUACAGUUAGAUGGUGCUUAUUGAACAAACAUGUUGUUUAGCGCAAUGUUCUCUGUCUCCAGUCUUUUGAGUUAAAGCCACGAGAGCUUGUCACAAAACCUGUUUGUGUCAUUAAAUCAGUCAUUCAAAUCCGUCGGGCAACAGGUCAACGACAUAAACAAAAUAAAGAUGUCAAAACAG